UUUUUUUUGGAAUACCAUCAGAUAAUUGUCAACGGAUGUAUCUGUUUCGUUCCUAUUACUAUUAUUUAUAAACGUUACUUUUCCCUUAGAACCCGUUCGACGUAUUUUAUGAAAUUUCGAAAACAAUUCUUACACAAAUACUUAAUACACAUUGCACAUCAACAGUGAACAAGACAUUUUAACGUCCUAAGUAUUAUUUUAUUAAAUAAGUUUUGCAGGAUUUCCCUCACAAUUUAUUCUCCAUAGACGUCCUUUGACGGCCUACUGGCGUCUAUAGAAUAUUAUUUGUUUUUCAAAAGUUAACUAUUGCUAUCCGUGUUAUUGUCAAUUUGUCUGUUAUAGACGCAGUUUCAGUUAAAUUGAAAUCCCUAAAUUCUAAAAUGGCCAUGGCACCUGAUCCAGAAUACUUACAGACUUUACUUCAAACAUUUAAAUGUUUCAUUUGUAUGGAAAAAAUACAAGAUGCACAUUUGUGUCCUCAUUGUUCAAAACUAUGUUGUUAUUCCUGUAUGCAUCGAUGGCUCACGGAACAACGAUCUCAAUGUCCCCAUUGCCGAGCUACAUUGCAUUUACAUGAAAUUGUGAAUUGUAGAUGGGUUGAAGAUUUAUCUGAUCAACUAGAUGGUUUGAACAGUACUAUUGGUGUAAGCAGUGUAAGGCAGAGUCAAGAACAAAGAUGUGAAACACAUAACGAACAACUAACUGUGUUUUGCAUUACAUGCAGCACAACUAUAUGCCACCGUUGUGCUCUAUUUGAUAAUUCAAGCCAUUGUGGUCAUUCAUUCCGACCCAUAGAAGAAAUUUAUAAUGAGACACUUGCACAGCUAGGAGAAAGUUGUGACAAUCUCAAAACAAAAGAAGAAUCAAUCAAAAAGGAAAUAAAGGAACUUGAUAAAAAUAUUAAAGAAAUUCAACAAGCCAAAGAUCAAAAAGUAUGUGAAAUUCGGUCAGCCGUAGAAUGUAUGAUGAUGGAUUUGGAUAAAGAGCUGAAUAACAAACUUACUUCUUUACUAACUCAAAAAAAUCAUCUAGUCAAUGAAUCAGAACAAAUAGAAGAAUUUUUGCAUGAAUGUGAUCUAGAACUAUCACGAAUGCCAAUGUCGCAGUUAAUUAAUCAUGCUCCUAGAUUUAAAAGAACCAUUUCUGCAAUGCAAAAAAAACAAGCUCCAGUCCGAAUACCUGUGUAUGACGAUUUCCAUAGUGAAAUUAUACCAAAGUUUGAAGGAGGUACUCUAGUAAUUAAAUCAUUUUCUGAUAAAAUGUUAUUACUUGAACCAAUUUAUUCUUUACCAAUUGGUUGCAAUGGUGUCAGUUGGAGGCUUAAAGUUUAUCCCAGUGGUAAUGGUAUUGUCAGAAAUAGAUAUUUAUCAGUUUUUUUAGAAUUAACAUCCGGUCCACCUGGAGUGUCAAGGUACGAAUAUCGUAUUGAAAUGGUAAAUCAAUUACAAGUCAAUGAUGAGACUAAAAAUGUACUCAGAGAAUUCACUUCAGAUUUUGAAAUCGGUGAAUGUUGGGGAUAUAAUAGAUUCUUUAGGCUUGAUUUGUUGAGUACUGAAGGAUUCUUACUUAGGAAUUCAUUAAUUUUAAAAUUCAGUGUUCGGCCUCCUACUUAUUAUCAAAAAUGUAGAGAACAACAAUGGUAUUUGUCUAAAUUAGAACUUGAAAGGACAGCACUUUUACAUAAAUUUGAAGAGUUUAAACAGAAAAUCCCUGAUAAAAUUAAACCAACUAGUAAAGAGUUACAGAGUCCAAAAAAGAAGCUUAAAAUUAAAAUUCAAUCAUUAUUAGAUGAAUUUGACUGUGAUGAAGCAUCUGAACAACUUUGUAGUCCAAACAAGUCUGAAGAUAUUCAAGAAAUAUCUGGUGAAACUGCUUCAAAUUUAGUACAUCCUCCACUAUCAAUACAAACUCUAUACGAUAAUGAAUUUCAAAAUCGUUAUCAAGGUGAAACUGCACAGUCUAUGUUUGAGAGACUUAGUCGUCUAUUUGAAGAAUCAGAUAAUCCUGAUCGAUCCAGCUCCAUGCAUGCAAAUAAUAUUAUUAGUGUUUCACUUGAUAAUAUUGAAUAUACAGAUCAACCCGAUUUUCUUUUGGAAAAUUGUUUAAGAAAAGUUGAAGAACAUAAUUUAAUUUCACCAAAAAAAUUAGUUACAGAAAGUUCCCAAAUGAUUAAUAAAAUUCAAUCUGAAAUAACUGAAGCUCGAUCUCGCUUGAAAAAAAUGGAAAAUGCUAUGUGUAGUUCUCAAUCAGAAUAUUUCACUGAAGUAGCUGGUUCAUCAGAUACAAUUAACCCAACUACAACUGGAAGUAAAACAUAUUUAUCUCAACAAAUCACAACAGAUCAUGAAUUACAUAACCACACCAUUUCUAAAAAUAAAAAAAGAAUUCCUCCAGGAAAUGUUAAUGUAAAUUUCACAAAUAGAUUCCUGGAUAUGACAGAUUUGGGAGGUUUAACUGAUGAUAUUGAUCGUUUAAUAAAUUCAGUUUACACAAAAAAUGAAUGUAAAGCUGAUUGGGAAAUUGAAUCAACUGAUGAUGAAGAAAGUGCAAAUAAGUCUAUGAAUCCUGAUCAUCUAACCAAAGAUGAAUGAACUUUUACAUAAAAUCUAUAAUUUUAUU